AUGGCACCGAGCUUUGACACCCUUUCAGAGCAGGAUCUCCACGAGGAGGAGUUAGAGAUCGACUUUUCAGACCUCAAAGCGCAAUAUGAAGUACGACUGGAAGAAAGCUUGGAUGCCUUCGUUGUUAUUGAUGGCCUGCCAAUUGUGCCGGAGGAGAGCAAACCACGACUUAUCAAAUUCAUGUUGAAAAAAUUGAAUACCGUUGGCCGGACGAGCGAAGAUGCCAUUUUUAUGCCCAUGAACGAGGAGCAGAUGACCGAAGGAUUCGCAUUUGUUGAAUACGAAUCUCCCGAACAGGCCCUCGAGGCCACUAAACAUCUUCACGGCACCCCUCUUGAUAAGAAACAUACAUUGGCUGUUAAUAAGCUGACGGAUAUCGAUCGGUAUGGACGUGAAGGCCGUGUUGAUGAGGAAUAUAAACCACCCACCAUCGAACCAUUUCGCGAAAAAGAUCAUCUCAGAUCAUGGCUAGGUGACCCCAAUGCCCGCGACCAAUUUACCAUGUACCGAGGGGACAAAGUUGGGGUGUUCUGGAACAUGAAAAAGGACCCACCAGAGAAUAUCGUAGAUAGGGAUCAUUGGACACAGCUUUUCGUACAGUGGUCUCCGCAGGGGACCUACCUCGCAUCGGUUCAUCCUCAAGGCGUACAGCUCUGGGGAGGCCCGCAAUUCACUAAAGAAAAGCAAUUCCCCCACCCCUUCGUUCAGCUCAUCGAGUUCUCCCCCGGUGAAAGUUACUUGACUACCUGGUCAGCACGCCCCAUUCAGAUCGAAGGACCGCACCCGAUCCUAUCUUACGAAGAAGACGGCAAGCAUUUUAUUAUUUGGGACAUCACUACGGGCAAGCCAUUACGAUCUUUUGUCAAUCAUGACGUUCCGGCCGCUUCAGGCCCGGAGGGAGAGGCUGUGAAGAAGAAGAUCCAAUGGCCUGCGUUUAAGUGGUCUGCAGACGAGAAAUACGUGGCCCGGAUGCUUCCAGGUCAAUCUAUAUCUGUUUAUGAACUGCCACGCAUGAGUCUCCUCGACAAGGCCUCUAUUAAAAUUGAAAAAGUUAAGGAUUUCGAGUGGGCCCCCGCCACCCCUCAACGUGAAGGCAUCAAGGAGUACGAACAGCUAUUAUCCUUCUGGACUCCCGAGAUGGACAGUAACCCAGCCAAAGUUGGUUUGAUGAGCAUUCCUUCGAAGCAAAUUGUUCGAACAAGAAAUCUCUUUCAUGUUACCGACGUUAAACUGCACUGGCAAUCGCAGGGUGCCUACCUCUGUGUCAAAGUUGACCGACAUUCCAAAUCUAAGAAGUCCCUCGCCACAAACCUCGAAAUCUUCCGUGUCAAGGAGAAGGGAGUGCCUGUUGAGGUUGUGGAUUCAAUCAAAGAUCCCGUGAUCAACUUCGCCUGGGAACCCAAUGGUGAUCGAUUCGUUCUGAUCACAACAGGUGAAGCUACUCCAGGUGCUGCAAUCGCGCCCAAAACCGCAGUUUCAUUCUUUUGCCCUGAGAAGGUCAAGGUUUCCGGCAUCGGCAACUUCAAACUCAUCCGCACCAUCGAGAAGAAGACGAGCAACGGCAUAUAUUGGUCUCCCAAAGGCCGGUUCGUUGUUGUUGCCACUGUCCACUCACAACAAAAUUUCGAUCUCGACUUCUGGGACCUAGAUUUUGAGGGCGAGAAGCAAGAGAACGAGAAGGACCUUUCUGCCAAUCUCCAGCUAAUGAAAACUACCGAUCAUUACGGCGUCACCGAUAUUGAUUGGGACCCCACUGGCCGCUAUGUUGUCAGCAGUGCCAGCGCCUGGACUCACACUUUGGAAAACGGUUACAACAUCCAUACAUUCUCCGGCACCACCCUGGCCGAACAUCCUACAGAGAAGUUCAAACAAUUCCUCUGGCGCCCACGGCCUCCAACAUUCCUCAGCAAGGAGGAGCAAAAGCAAACCCGCAAGAACCUACGCGAAUACUCCCGCGAGUUCGACGAAGAAGACAAAUACGCUGUCGAUAUUGCCAACACGGCCAUCGUCGAGAUGCGUAAGAGAGUCCUCAACGAAUGGACCGCUUGGGUGCGUCGGGAGAAGGAAAUGCUGGAUGAGGAGAUUGAUGUGCUGGGUCUAGAGAGGGAGGAGGAUGUUGCUGCGGCCGCCAAGAAAGAGGUAGAGACGGAGGGCACAGUUGUUGAGGAGAUUAUGGAGGAGAUCAUUGAUGAAACGGAAGAAGUUAUUGGAUGA